CUCCUCUAAUAUCUCCAAUGUCUCUAUUCAACUUGCUGCCCUCUCGCCAUCAGGUUACUACGCACAUAUAUGCAGGAAAUACCAUGGCAUGACUCUCUGGAACAUGGCCGAAGGAGUGAUGAAAUGUUCGAGAAUUUAUCCUCAUUUCAGAGCAUGCAUUACUGAAGGAUGGAUGGAUGUUCUUGAAUAUUAUGUCGACCGCUUGAAGGAAGCAAAGUCUGCUGCACAGACAGUCAAUACACCUCGCAAUGUUAUAAUGGAAAACAGGCGUACGGAAGGAAAAUAUGGAGUUGAAGAGGAACUCAAAUCACAGUUUAUGGAGUGUAUGACUAUAGCUCCUCAGGAGUUAUUACUUCCUACGCUAUUGAUGGUGGUAAUGCAACAUGAGUUACACAUACGUCUGGCGGCAGAGACACCUACAAUGAAAUGUUUUGGGAGUCAGAUUCAUUGGUGCUCGAGCAGCAGCUAUGGCGAUCUCAAAGGGACUAUGUGGUUCGAUUAUUUCAAUGUCUACAAUGAAACAACUUCAUCAGCUUCCACAUUCACCGGUUCCGCAACAUCUUCAUCGUCACCUUCGGGUUUUAUGGAAAACUCCCCUGAUGCUGCCGUUUCCCUGGCUUCCUCUGAUUCUUCAUCAGCCAACAUUGGUGCCAUUGUCGGCAGUAUCGUUUUAAGCAAAAGCGACAGGAUGUGCAUACCCACGCAAUCAGUGAUCCCCCGCCACCAUUUCCGGUAUGUCUUCCAAGUUGUCACACCACCAGACAGUCUUGUCAUAUGUACUGGUGCACCAGAGUCGUCAACAGCGCCGAUGUUGUCCUCGUCCGCUGGUCGGUUUGCCGGUGAUAGCGUAGCCGAGAUGAAGCAACGCCAAGGGGGGCCAUGGCAGGAUAUUUCGAACUUAUCCAGGAUAUCGACAGUGGGAUUCGUACACGUCCACAAGAAGAUGACUUGCCCCCAGUCUACAGUGCUAACUAGCUGCUUCAUCUACGCCACUGCCUCUUCACGAACUAUUUUGGCUCAGCGUUACAUAUCAGCGACACCUUCACGCUACCAUGUUACUUUCUACUUUGUACUUGCAGCGCACAAGCGUCAUCAUGUUUGGAAUGUUUUAUUCUACUAUUUCUUGGGGUAUAUUGUUGGCAAGUACUAG